CUUUCAGUGAGCAUCGCAAACGAUCCGCGUGUAGUAUUCAACCAAUCGAUUCUAGAAGUAUAUAUUAUAAUGUUCUCCAAACUGUCGGCACGCGGCAUCGCCACCCGCAUGAGCUACUUGGCGCAGAAGACAGCUGCCCAGGAGACCUCCUCAUCCGGAUCCCUUUCCGAGGCCGUCUACGCCCGUGAAAACAAAUACGGUGCCCACAACUACCACCCACUGCCGGUGGCCCUCUCGAGGGGGAAGGGGGCGUUCGUCUGGGAUGUGGAGGGAAAACGCUACUUCGACUACUUGAGCGCCUACUCGGCAGUCAACCAAGGUCACUGCCAUCCGAAGAUCGUCAAAGCCCUGACCGAACAGGCCUCCAAAUUGGCCUUGACAUCCCGUGCCUUCUAUUCGGAUGUCCUUGGCGAGUACGAAGAGUACGUAACCAAGCUAUUUGGAUUCGACAAAGUUCUGCCCAUGAACACAGGUGUUGAGGGUGGAGAAACGGCCUGCAAACUGGCCCGCAAGUGGGGUUACCUGGAAAAGAAAAUACCGACCAACCAGGCCAAGAUCAUUUUCGCGCGCAACAACUUCUGGGGACGCACCCUGUCGGCAGUGUCCGCCUCCAAUGACCCCAGCAGCUACGAGGGAUUCGGGCCCUUUAUGCCGGGAUUCGAGUUGAUUGAAUACGACAAUGUGACAGCCCUGGAGGAGUCGCUCAAGGAUCCCAAUGUGAGUGCUUUCAUGGUGGAACCCAUUCAGGGAGAGGCUGGUGUAGUGGUGCCCAGUGAUGGGUAUCUGAAGAAGGUCCGCGAGCUUUGCUCCAAGUACAAUGUCCUGUGGAUUGCCGAUGAAGUGCAGACGGGACUGGCCAGAACCGGAAAGCUGCUGGCCGUAAACUACGAGCAGGUUCAGCCAGACAUCCUGAUCCUGGGUAAAGCCCUUUCCGGAGGCAUGUAUCCCGUGUCCGCAGUCCUCGCAAACGACCAGGUGAUGCUCUGCAUCAAGCCAGGAGAGCACGGAUCCACCUACGGAGGAAAUCCCCUGGGCUGCCGAGUGGCCAUGGCCGCCUUGGAGGUCCUGCAGGAGGAGAAGCUGGCGGAGAAUGCCUUCAAAAUGGGCGAACUUCUGCGGGGCGAGCUGUCUAAGCUGCCCAAGGAGGUGGUUUCGGUGGUGCGCGGAAAGGGUCUGCUCAACGCCAUCGUUAUUAACCAGAAAUACGAUGCUUGGCAGGUGUGCCUGAAGCUGAAGGAGAAUGGCCUCUUGGCCAAGCCCACCCACGGCGAUAUCAUUCGAUUUGCUCCUCCACUGGUCAUUAACGAGUCCCAAAUGCGCGAGAGCAUCGACAUUAUCAAGAACACCAUUCUGUCUAUGUAGAUUUCUGGAUCAGAGCUUCUAUGUAGCUUGAAUAGCUUUUAACAGAAUUUAUGUUAAGUUUUUGAAAGUCUGAAAUAAAUUACAAUUUUAAUGUUUUUUAAAAGGAA